CCCGGGGGACGGCAGCAGCUUCUGAUGGUCAUCCAGUCAACUCACGUCAGUCUCUCAGUUCACGCGUAUAAAUGUGUUGUAGGAAGUGAUCUCAAGACACCUGGUUAAUAGUAUAAGCGUCCAGACCAAGUGUUCCAGCGCGGGGAAUCAGUCGCCCGAUACACUGCCAUGGCUAUUGUCACCCAUCUGAAGGCCAGCUGGAGAACUCUGGUUGUUGUCGCAACCCCACUAGUUCUAUCUCCACUCAUCUUCCCUGGGACGACUUCGGUGUCCAAGUGUGGCUUUUCUCUGGUACUGAUGGGCGUGUUCUGGUUGACGGAGGCACUUCCUCUGCCGGUCACGGCUCUUCUUCCGGUUCUACUUUUUCCACUGUUGGGCAUAGUUCCUUCUAAAGACGUGUCACGGUUUUACAUGACGGAUAUAAACGUUCUGCUAAUGGGAGGUUUGUGUGUUGCCAUGGCUAUAGAAGAAUGCAACCUGCACAAGCGCUUUGCCUUGAGAUUGUUAUUGUUCCUCGGAGUACAACCACGACGACUGAUGUUAGGUUUUAUGCUGGCCACCGGUGUACUGUCGAUGUGGAUCAGUAACACGGCGUCCACCGCCAUGAUGUUACCGGUUGCCCGGGCUCUGUUUGCAAGGCUUAUUGUCCUGAAGAGGAGGAGGGAAGCGGGGAAGCAGUCUCGCGAAGCGAUAAUGGUUGACAGCACUGAACAUUCUGAAUUGAUGGUGAAAGAGCUGCCGGAAGACUCGGCAUACGUGGAGGAAGACACAAGUCGAGAUCCUGCUGUGACGGAGGAUGAGGUGGACUUCAACCACCUGGACACGGAGUCUCUGGGCCUUCUGAAAGCCCUAUGUCUGUGCGUGUGUUACUCAGCCAACUGUGGGGGAGUAGGGACACUCACCGGGUCGGCCCCGCAGCUGGUGCUGAAGGGACAGAUAGACAGUAUAGACGGCGGUCGGGGCACGUUGACCUUCACCUCCUACAUGGUGUACGCCUUGCCACUGUCAGCCAUCUGCCUAGUGUGUGUGUGGGUGCUCCUGCAGAUCACCUGCUUCGGAUUCAGGAAAACAUUUUGCUGCCAAAAAUCAGAAAAUGCCGAAGACGACAAGGAAAUAAGAAACCUUAUAAAGAAGGAUUACAUAGCUCUUGGUCCGUUGAGUUUUGCAGAAUGGAUUGUGAUGAUCCACUUCAUUGUGCUGGUACUACUGUGGCUGACUAGGAAGCCGGGGUUCUUCACUGGAUGGUCACAUGUUUUCCUGGACGGCUAUUUGAGUGACUCUGUUCCUGCUGUGAUGGUAACCUGCAGCCUGUUCAUCUUUCCACGACGAAGACCAAAUGUUCUGUUCUUUAGGAGGAAAGGAGAUAACAGUGAACCAGUAUCACAAGAGUCAAUCUUACAGUGGUCCACGGUGAGUUCAAGGUUCCCCUGGGGCGUUCUUCUGUUGCUGGGGGGAGGGUUCGCUCUAGCUGAUGCCUGUCAGAAGUCUGGCAUGUCCCGAGCAGUGGCCGAGCAGCUGGUCUUUGUUAAAGCCAUGUCUCCGACUGUAGCAGGGAUCGUGGUCACGCUUAUCUCGGGUGUGGGCACGGAGUUUAUAGCCAACACAGUCGUCGCAACUCUACUGUUACCAAUAAUCUCUGAAGUGGCGCGCAGUAUGGUCGUCCAUCCCAUGUACUUCAUGCUUCCUGCCACCAUAGUGACGUCAUGUGCAUUUAUGUUGCCAGUGGCAACCCCUCCUAAUGCUAUAGCAUUUGCUGGUGGCGACAUCCGGGUCAUCGAUAUGGUAAAGAGUGGCUUCCUCAUAAAGAUCGUCACUAUGCUGUGUGUGAUACUAUCAGUCAACACGUGGGGAAUGGCGUACUUCCAACUUCAUCAGGUCCCGGCAUGGUUUGGGCCAGUCACCGAAUCUUACAACACGUCAUUCGUCCUGCAGACUGUCAACACCACUGUGAACACGCUUCUAUAAUACCCACCUCCAGCACCUCCACCAGCACCUCCACCACUACCAACUAUCAACCUCAAACUGCUACCUUGUCGUUGUGCCUUCUAUCUGUGUUCAUGUGGCCGUGAUGAUGAUACUGGGGAUCUACCUAGGAAUGUUCAUGUGGCCAUGAUGAUAAUACUGGGGAUCUACCUAGGAAUGUUCAUGUGGCCAUGAUGAUGAUACUGGGGAUCUACCUAGGAAUGUUCAUGUGGCCAUGAUAAUACUGGAGAUCUACCUAGGAAUGUUCAUGUGGCCAUGAUAAUACUGGGGAUCUACCUAGGAAUGUUCAUGUGGCCAUGAUAAUACUGGAGAUCUACCUAGGAAUGUCCAUGUGGCCAUGAUGAUGAUACUGGGGAUCUACCUAGGAAUGUUCAUGUGGCCAUGAUGAUAAUACUGGGGAUCUACCUAGGAAUGUUCAUGUGGCCAUGAUGAUGAUACUGGGGAUCUACCUAGGAAUGUUCAUGUGGCCAUGAUAAUACUGGGGAUCUACCUAGGAAUGUUCAUGUGGCCAUGAUAAUACUGGAGAUCUACCUAGGAAUGUUCAUGUGGCCAUGAUGAUGAUACUGGGGAUCUACCUAGGAAUGUUCAUGUGGCCAUGAUGAUGAUACUGGGGAUCUACCUAGGAAUGUUCAUGUGGCCAUGAUAAUACUGGAGAUCUACCUAGGAAUGUUCAUGUGGCCAUGAUAAUACUGGGGAUCUACCUAGGAAUGUUCAUGUGGCCAUGAUAAUACUGGGGAUCUACCUAGGAAUGUUCAUGUGGCCAUGAUAAUACUGGAGAUCUACCUAGGAAUGUUCAUGUGGCCAUGAUGAUGAUACUGGGGAUCUACCUAGGAAUGUUCAUGUGGCCAUGAUGAUAAUACUGGGGAUCUACCUAGGAAUGUUCAUGUGGCCAUGAUGAUGAUACUGGGGAUCUACCUAGGAAUGUUCAUGUGGCCAUGAUGAUGAUACUGGGGAUCUACCUAGGAAUGUUCAUGUGGCCAUGAUGAUAAUACUGGGGAUCUACCUAGGAAUGUUCAUGUGGCCAUGAUGAUGAUACUGGGGAUCUACCUAGGAAUGUUCAUGUGGCCAUGAUGAUGAUACUGGGGAUCUACCUAGGAAUGUUCUUGUGACCAUGAUAAUACUUGGGAUCUACCUAGGAAUGUUCAUGUGGCCAUGAUAAUACUGGGGAUCUACCUAUUUAUGUUCAUGUGGCCAUGAUAAUACUGGAGAUCUACCUAGGAAUGUUCAUGUGGCCAUGAUGAUAAUACUGGGGAUCUACCUAGGAAUGUUCAUGUGGCCAUGAUGAUGAUACUGGGGAUCUACCUAGCCAUGUUCAUGUGGCUGUGAUGAUGAUACUGGGGAUCUACCUAGGAAUGUUCUUGUGACCAUGAUAAUACUUGGGAUCUACCUAGGAAUGUUCAUGUGGCCAUGAUAAUACUGGGGAUCUACCUAGGAAUGUUCAUGUGGCCAUGAUAAUACUGGAGAUCUACCUAGGAAUGUUCAUGUGGCCAUGAUGAUAAUACUGGGGAUCUACCUAGGAAUGUUCAUGUGGCCAUGAUGAUGAUACUGGGGAUCUACUUGGGAAUGUUCAUGUGGCCAUGAUGAUGAUACUGGGGAUCUACCUAGGCAUGUUCAUGUGGCCGUGAUGAUGAUACUGGGGAUCUACCUAGGCAUGUUCAUGUGGCUAUGAUGAUGAUACUGGGGAUCUACCUAGGAAUGUUCUUGUGACCAUGAUAAUACUUGGGAUCUACCUAGGAAUGUUCAUGUGGCCAUGAUAAUACUGGGGAUCUACCUAUUAAUGUUCAUGUGGCCAUGAUAAUAAUGGAGAUCUACCUAGGAAUGUUCAUGUGGCCAUGAUGACAAUACUGGGGAUCUACCUAGGAAUGUUCAUGUGUCCAUGAUGAUGAUACUGGGGAUCUACCUAGGCAUGUUCAUGUGGCCGUGAUGAUGAUACUGGGGAUCUACCUAGGCAUGUUCAUGUGGCCGUGAAGAUGAUACAGUAAACUACGGUUAUAACGAACUCAAAGGGACCACUUAUUUUAGUUCGUUAUAACCGUAGUUCGUUAUAAGCAUAUAUACAGCAUAUAUACAACAUAUGGCCGGGACUAAAAAAUAAGUUAGUUAUAUCAGUCAGUUCGUUAUAAGCAUGUUCGUUAUAACCGUAGUUUACUGUACUGGGGAUCUACCUAGGAAUGUUCAUGUGGCCGUGAUGAUGCUGGAGAUUUACAUAAGAAUGUUCAUGUGGCCAUGAUGAUGCUGGAGAUUUACAUAAGAAUGUUCAUGUGGCCAUGAUGAUGCUGGAGAUUUACAUAAGAAUGUUCACGUGACCAUGAAGUAAUUCUGAUAAUGCUGCAUAUAUAAUAACAGUAGGGUACAAAAAUACCUUGAAAAGUUUUUCUUGGAUUCUGCUGACAACAUAAAGAGCAGCGACCUUCACUAUGAUUAAUUAUGAUUCAAAUAAUCUAUUUUCUUUUAUAUCACGAUGUCAACACUGUAGCUGGGCAGAUAUGUCAAAUAAAUGUUCACUCCUGGAAGAAAGCAUGAAAAUUUGUACAUAGGGGUUAUGGAGUAUGCAGAAUCCGAUUUUAAUGGGAUCCACGCUUGCAAACCAAUGGUUCCCACUCAAAAUUGAGAAAUCCAAGAUGGCCACCAUCCGUAUUACAAAUUUCAAAAUAUGGCCGUAACUUUGGAUCUAUUUGACAUAGAAACAUGAUCUUGGUGGCAAAUAAUAGGUUUUCGGGGCCAAGGUAUGCAAUGAAAUAGUUUAAAACACGAUCAAAGAUGGCAGCCAUCCAUUUUACGAAUUUCGAUAUCUCUCCAUAACUGUAAUUUGAUUCUCACUCAGAAUUGAGAUUGAACAUCAAAUGUAUUAAUUUGAACCAUAAUUUAAAACAUAGCUUUUAUUGAUUUAUUUUUUUCUGUCAUCAGCACAUGUGAAUAAAGUUGUUGCAACUA